CAAGAUGAGCUUUAAGGUCCCUUCAAGUGCAAACUAUUCCAUGAUUUUAAACAUUAUUCUUCUUUUUCUGUGCCUCUUUGUGUGCAGUGGGGUUGGAACCCGCCAGGUGUGCCGGUGGUUGUGGUGGGGUGGGUCAUGAGGAGAGGAGAACCCCCUGUGCUGGUGGAUUCGCCACCCCUGGAGUGACUGAGCCAGCAAUGCUCUUUUGGGGCUGCAGAGUCUGGACAAGGAUGGGUGGAUCCAGGCAAACUCAGUCCUCACUCACCAGUUCAGGGAUGCAGCUGGAGGCAGAUCCCAGUGCCUUUCCAUGAUCUCUGUGCCUUCCUUCCUCCUGCUGCCUGGCCUUUCCUGAUGGCUGCAGCUGCCAACCCCAGGCAGGAGUGAGAGGUGGCCCCCACGGACCCCUCUGCCAGCUCGGUUCUCCACCUUCCUCUCUUGGGUUUUCCUGGUGCUGGCCGAGUGUCUCAGCUGCUGCUUUGGGAAGCAAAGAUGUUCCAAAUGCCAUUUGUUCCUCUGCUGGCAUGUCCUGGCUGGGGGGACCAGAGGAGAUCCCUGGAUUCAGCUCCCAGACCCAGCUCCCCCCUCGCUGCUGCCGGCUUUGCAGUCACUUGAGGAAUUUUCCACAGUCGGGGCAGUGGGACCCUGGAGGCUUUCGCUGCAAUGCAUCACAGCAGCCUCGGAGCCAGGGGGGUCCCACCUUCCCCUGCCCAACCCUCAGCUCCUGCCUUGGCACCUCUGGCACCAGGACCAGGGUUCACACAGCCACAGCAGGCCUGGCAGGGCCAUGUCCCAGCUACAGCCAGAGGGAUUUUCCCCCCAUCCUUGCCCAGGGUUGUGGGAUGAGUGUGGUGGGGCACUGGAGCGAGUGCUGGGACCAGGGGCUGCUUCAGUGUCAGGGGCUUCAAGAAAGCAGCCACAGGUAACACUUCAAUUAAUGUCCAUCCCUGCUCUUUAAUUUGUUCAAGAGCCAUAAAUUCAUCUCCGUAGUCACACACCAGCCUUCUGUGAGUGCCUAAAGCUGGAAAGUCCCACAGGCUCAUCUGACCACGGUGCUGGUGACCUUGGGAGUCUCCAGGGUCAGUUUUCCUCCCGCUGCUGUAACUCCCAGACGUGUGCGUGGGUGUGGAUCCCUUGGAGGGAGGCAAAAAAAAUGUAGAUGGGAUUUUUUUUUAGUGUGAUUUUUCAAUGUUGAGUUUGCAGGUGUGAUUUUUCAGUGUGAUUUUCAAUGUGAGUUUGCAGAUGGAAUUUUUCCACCAUUGCAGGUCUGAAGCUGAGCACCCGAGCGAUGCUGCUGCCCCCAGAAAUGACGUUUUGGGACCUGGUGUGUGCCUCGCGCUGGAAGGUGCCACUGGAGCAGACCACGCACCUGCUGGGCUGGACACUGGGCAGUGUCACUGCCGGCCUGGCCUGUGACAGGUUCGGCCGCCGUCCCACCUUCCUGCUGUCCCUGGCGCUGGCCGUGCCCGUGGGCCUCGGCGUGGCACUGGCUGUGGACUUCCUCAUGGUCCUGGUGGCACGGCUGCUCUUCGGGGCCGCGCUGGCAGGAGCCUUCCUCGCCCUCUACGUGGCACGGCUGGAGCUGUGUGACCCCCCGCACCGGCUGGGGGUGACAAUGGUGGCCGGAUUCUUCUGGAUCGCCGGGGAGCUGCUGCUGCCGGGACUGGCUCUGCUGUGCCGAGACUGGCGGGUGCUGCAGGGCGCUGUCACCAUGAUCCUGGCCCUGCUGGCUGCCUGCUGGUGGUGCCCGGCACUGUUGCUGGAGUCACCGCGCUGGCUGCUGGCCACACGGCAACUGGAGAGGGCCAGGAAGACCCUGCAGGCGCUGGCCGAGGACAAUUGCCCCCAGGACAGCCUCCUCGCGGAGCUGGAGGCCGUGUCCGAGGGGCAGCCCCGGUACCACUCUGUCUGCGAGAUCUGCGGCACCAGGGUCAUCUGGAAGAACGGCGCCAUCCUCGGCUUCGCGGCGUUCAUCGGCUCCGGCAUCCGCCACUGCUUCACCCGCAACCUGGUCCCGCACCUGCCCCACUUCUUCUCCUCCCACCUGGUGCUUGUGAGCACCGAGGCGGCCGCUUGCCUCUUCGUGUGUCUGACGGCCGAGCGCUUCGGGCGCCGCGCCAUCCUCCUGCUCUGCACCGUCCUCACCGGCAUCUCCUCCCUGCUGCUGCUGGCCCUCACCCAGUACCUGCUGGAGCUCAUUGUCCUGACGCUGUCCGUGGUGGGCACGGCCGCCUCCCACGCUGUCACCAUGCUCAGCAUCUUCUUUGCCAGCGAGGUUCUGCCCACCGUGGUCAGGGGCGCCGGGCUGGGCCUGGUCGUGGGGGCCAAUUUCGUGGGCAAGGCCGCGGCGCCCAUCACCGCCAUCCCCAACAGCCGCGGCUUCUUCCUGCACCACGUCGUGUUCGCCUCCUUCGCCAUCCUGGCCGUGCUCAGCAUCAUGUUACUGCCCGAGAGCCGGGGCCGCAGCCUGCCCCAGUCCCUGCAGGACGGCGAGAGCCAGCGCCGCCCGCCCCUGUUCCGCCGGCCCCCCCGCGAGGACCACCUGCCCCUGCUGGACCCCCGCGCCAUCCCCCACGACUAUUCCCGCCUGGCCGCCUCCACCAAGAGGAUGCUGCGCUCCCCGGAGCCCCCCCGCGAGAUGUAGCCGUGCCCCCCCCCCCCGCUCCCUGGGGUCUCCCUGCUGCUGGAGGGGCUGAGCACGGUGUGGGACCCCAGUGCAGGGAUGUAAUGGGAAUAGCAGGACACGCGUGGUGGAGGGGCCGGGGGAGCAGCGCCUCCCCCGCGGUGGGGCCGGAUCCUGCCCCAGGAGCAGCGGUGCUGGGAGCCCUGGGGCGGGGGUGACGCCCCCCGGGGGCGCUGCCGGCUCCCAAUAAAAGUGCCUUGUUUCUACGG